AUGUCGAACCCCGCCGAAAGAUUUGCAGAUGAUCAGUAUGAGGAAACCAACGAUGCCUCGCCAGUGAACGAUUUCAACGACGACUCCUAUGCGAAGGAGCCCAAUUCAAGUUUGAGAAAUCAAGUACCUGUACAAGGAGACAAUGAGGGGUUUGAAGACCCCAUUCAACCUCCCUACUCUAACUCAGAUCAACAGCUCGAGGCGGAUGAGAACGAGGCAAUCGACAAGUCCAACAUUAUCAAAGGAGACCGCCUCCGCCAUGCCAAACCUCAAACUUCGAACAAAUAUAACGAAGGACCAGACGAGGAUGAUUUGCCUGCUGAAGCUAUCUGA